UUCAACUCAACUCGCCAACAACAACUUCGUUAUAGUCAACUAAGAAACCACCUAGUCAUCGUAAAAGCGAAGAGGAGAAUCCUGAAGCAUUCUGAAAUAAUGGCAAACACAGCUGCUUAUGAUUCACGAGCAGUGGAUACUUCACUACCUUUGUUUAACGACAACACUGUUCCUGGAGGAAUUCAGGUCCUGACUAAAGAGUGUAAUGAUGGCAUAGCCAUGACGGGAGUCUUCUGCACGCAUUCCAUGAUACCACGUGGUACACGGUUUGGACCAUUCACUGGUAAAGUCGUGUUUCCACAAGACGUCAUCAGGGGACAGGACAAUCCACACAUGUGGGAGGUUUACUCUAGUGAGGACGCCAUAUCGUAUUUUAUAGACGGGUCGGAAGAGUCGAGAAACUGGAUGAAGUUUGUUAACAGUGCUAUAUCAGAGGUAGAGCAAAACAUGUCUGUUGUUCAACAAGGACGAGAGAUUUACUAUGAAGCAACCAAAAACAUAUACAAGGGAGAUGAACUGAUGGUGUGGUAUGGCCGCAACUAUGAAAUGUUCAUGGGUGUACCGAUGGCACUCAGAAAAGAAGGAAUGGAGCCAAAUAAAACAACUCUUGAACAAACUGACUGUGGAUUUUCAUGCCAGCAAUGUGGGAAAGUUUUUGCUUAUCAAUACUAUCGUGACAAGCAUCUAAAGUACACAAGAUGUAUAGACAACGGUGACAGAAAAUUUCCCUGUUCGUUGUGUGACAGAUCCUUCGAGAAGCGUGACAGAUUACGCAUUCACGUGUUACACGUCCACCAGAAAUACCGGCCACACCAGUGUAACGUGUGCACAAAACGUUUCUCGCAGUCUUCCAGCCUCAACAAACACAUGCGCGUGCACAGUGGUGAAAGACCUUACAAGUGUCCAUUCUGUGAAAAGGCGUUCACGGCUUCGUCCAUCUUGCGUACCCACAUUCGUCAGCAUAGCGGAGAAAAGCCAUUCAAGUGCGGCCACUGUGGAAAAGCAUUCGCCUCUCACGCGGCACAUGACAGUCACGUGCGACGAACACAUACCAAAGAAAAGCCAUGUGUGUGUCAAUACUGUGGAAAGGCUUUCGCACAGUCAUACGAGCUCAAGUUUCACAUUAACAUGCAUACUGGAGCAAAACCUUACACAUGCGAGAAAUGUGGACGGGGGUUUUCAAGUCCUUCGUCACGUGAUCGGCACCGCGUGCAUUUUGACUGCACAACGAGAAAAAACAGAGCCCCGAAAACAAUGAAAAAACAGCAUUUGGUAACCUCGGAGACAACGACAUAG